AUGUCAGAAUCACCAGUCCAUAAACAAGGGGAGGAUGGCACUUCCGCAAAGAGCUCCGCAGUCGGUCCUAGCGAUAAUAAGGAUUCUACUCCCGAAAGGUCGAUACCAUCUGGCGGUGCUAUAUCAGAGUCGAAGCCCGAGCUAGACGAGUUUGGCCUCCCUAUUCGACCCAAAAAACCAAAACCCUCCCCGCCAGAUUCCGACGAGGAGGAUGCCUUUGAGGAUGCUCCCGAAGCCCCCGGGCCGGACGAAGCUGGGAAGGGGCCUGAGACAUCUCUGGACAAGAUAGCUGAAUCUGCAGCUGUACAGCCACAGGACUCGGAGGAUAAGGGGAAGAACAAAGACAUGGCCGAACCGGCCGCACAACCAAUGAAAGAACCGGAAACCACGGAUGAGGGCAAGAAUAGCACCGCACAACCAAUGAAGCAGCCGGAAGCAAAGGAUGAGAUCAAGAAGAAUACUGCACAAUGCUCAAGCGAUGUGCCAGAAACCAGGCCAGAUGGUCCACACAAGCGUAAUCUAUCCGAGUCCAUCCAGAUCGAAGUCGACGCCGCUCGAGCCCGGAAUAACAGCAUCGCCAAAUCCACCCAUUCCAAAUCCAACAGCGGCCAAUUUGCGUCAGAAUGGUCAUACCAGCAAAUGGUCACUCAAAACCAGAAGCCGGUGAAGGAGGAGGAGGAGGAGAUGGAUUGGGCGGAGAUGCCAGCGUACGCUCCAUUCGACAUAUACGACGAUGAUAACAAGCUCAUUGCGCGGGAAAAGGAGGAUUUGGACGAGGACGACGACCCCUAUACUGGGUUGGGUGGCGCUGGUAGAGGAUACACACGUGUGCAGCUGGACGAGGACGCUCAAUCGGCCACUAGCAUGGAUGACAACACUGCAUACUUAUUCAAAGACCAAGGCAAAGGCACAGCUCUGAUGGAUGAAGAUGAAGAUGUGAGGGAUGCGAUGUCACAGCUUCAGGCGACCAAGGAGCUCUUGACGGAAGGGCAGAAGAUCGCGUAUGUCAGCCUGGUCCGGUUGGCGAUGGUAGACAUGAUCAAGGAAGUGGCAAGCCUGGAGAGAACGAGGAAUUCGAAGAAGGCGGUGGACAAAGCGCACGACUCGAUCACGAAAUGGAGCCAGAAGAUCAAGGUCCACCUCUAUACGCAUAUGGAGAUCACUGCCGAAGAACAACUUAUGAUCGAGCAAUUGGCGGAACACGGUGUCCAGCCGGGUGAUCUAAGUCCUACGUUGAUGCUCAAUGCGAGGGUUAAGAACCCGGUCGGUGAAAAUGUCUCUUCUUCAGCCCGGAACUCGGUGGCCUUGUCCCGUCCCGCUUCCUCGACUACACUAGCUAUAGAGGAUCAAAGAACUCCUUCAUUGGACAAGCUAGCACUUGAAAACGAUCCCCCUACCGUUGGCACAGGUGCCGCUUCUUCGGGCCGAAAUUCAACCGCUCUACCCCGUCCCGCCUCUCCGAGCAAGGAAGUCAUGGAGGUUCAAAGGACUCCUUCACCGGACAAGCUGGCACCAGAAAACACACCCCGACCCAGCGUUGGCUCAGAUCGGCCACCAUCCUACGAUCCGCCACCAUCCUAUGACGAGCAUGGCGAAACACUUGAAGAAGCUGUUCGAACUCCCUCACAACUCCCUCAGACCAAGGUCAUCGACAUCGACAUCCGGUGGACUGUCCUCUGUGACCUUUUCCUGGUUCUCAUCUCCGACUCAUCCUACGAUGCCCGCUCCCGACAGCUGCUUGAAAUCGUUGCGUCAUACUUAGACGUUCCAUGGCAGGACAUCUGUCGCUUCGAGAAGCGGGUUACCGAUGCCUUGGAAAUGCAGGAGCAGACCGACAAGGAGAACUGGAAUGAAGAAGACCACAUGUCGAAUAGAGAGAAACUCGCACGAAAACGACGGUAUGUCAUGAUGGGACUGGCGACCGUUGGUGGCGGUCUGGUUAUUGGACUAUCGGCCGGUCUCCUCGCCCCUGUCAUCGGCGCUGGACUUGCAGCGGGUUUCACUACGAUUGGCGUGGCGGGUACUAGUGGCUUCCUCGCCGGAGCGGGUGGUGCUGCCAUUGUUACGACUACUGGUAUCGUUACUGGGGGAAGCAUAGGGCUCAGAGCAUCAGAUAAACGAACGGGGGCAGUGGAGACGUUCGAGUACAGGCCUCUCCACAACAACAAACGAGUCAAUUUGAUCGUCACAGUCUCUGGGUGGAUGACUGGCAAAGUCGAUGACGUUCGUCUUCCAUUCAGUACCGUCGACCCGAUCAUGGGUGAUAUAUACUCAGUGUUGUGGGAGCCGAAGAUGCUGCAGAGUAUGGGAGAUACCAUCAACAUCUUAGCAACUGAGGCUCUCACUCAGGGCCUCCAACAAGUGUUGGGAGCAACCAUCCUCGUUGCUUUGAUGUCCGCAAUCCAACUGCCUAUCAUCCUAACGAAGCUGUCAUACCUAAUCGACAACCCUUGGACGAAUUCCCUCGCACGAGCCGAUGCGGCUGGACUCAUUUUUGCGGACUCGCUAAUCGAUCGAAACUUGGGUGCCCGGCCCAUUACUCUGGUUGGCUUCUCUCUCGGGUCCCGUCUGAUUUUCACUGCCCUCAAGGAGCUGGCCAAAAAGGGCGCUUUCGGACUCGUGCAGAACGUGUACCUCUUCGGAUCGCCCGUGGUCGCGAAGAAAGAUGAGUAUAUCAAGGCAAGGUCGGUCGUGACAGGGCGUUUCGUGAAUGGUUAUGUUGCAGGGGACUGGAUUCUGGGGUAUCUCUUCCGCGCGACGGGAGGCGGUAUUGCCCGAGUCGCAGGUUUAGCUCCUGUCGAGAUACCUGGAAUAGAAAACAUUGACGCCGGCCCGUUCGUCAAUGGCCACAUGGCCUACCGACAGGCCAUGCCUCGUCUAUUGCGAGAAGUGGGCUGGAGUGUCGAAAGCGAUGAAUUCACCGAAAUCGAAGACCCCGACCCCGAGAACCACUCAAAGCGCCAACGAGAGCUGAUCAAUGAAAUCGAGGAGGCUCGGAAAGAGCUCGAGAAGAAGCCGGAAAAGAAGCGGUUCGGGCUCUUCAAGUCAAAGAAAAUGGCGGAGAAGAAAGAGUGGGAAGUCUACGAUGAGAAGACGAAGCCGGGCGGCGAAGAGAGCAACAGUGGCAUUCUGUUCGAUGUCGACGCCAUCCGGAAGGAGGCUGCUGAAUUGGCGGUCCAGGGCAUGCAGGUCAAACAGCUAGAAUCCACGCUGCCGCCGAUGCAGUUAGAUAUAGCGGAUAUCACCCCUCGCGAGCUGGAGUCGACCUUGCCGCCGAUGAAGCUGGACUUACAUCCACCGCUCGACAGGACCCAGUCGACGCCCGCAGUCCUCCCCCAGGAUUCCAAGAAGAUGCCGGCAGAUGAUGGGCCAGAGAAGAGCGGUGCAGCGCCGCCUUUGGCGCGCAGUGUGACUCUGGAUCCGGCAUCGUCGAAUGCCGGGGCUGGUUCGGCGAGUCAGGAUCAUUCACCGUCGAAUUUGCAGGCUAAUGGUUCGCCUAACUCCCGGACGCUGCAGCCGCCUGUUCCUAUCGACCUCGGGCAUAAUGUGUGGGACAACGAUGAGUUUGGCGGCGAGCGAGAAGUCAAAAUGACUUUCGAGUAA